ACAAGGGUUUUAAUUAUUUGUAAAUUCUCGUGUACUUAGUUUUGUCAAAGGAUUGACUUCUCUGUAAAUAUUUGGCCAACGUAUAUCCUAUUGUUUACUUUUCUUGUUUAAGUAUAAUUAUUAUAAUAAGCAUAUAUUAUAUGAAUAAUAACAAGUGGCAUGUUUUAAAAUUAAUAUUAUUUGGAAAUAAGCUCUUAAGAUAUAGCCAGUGACAAUGGUAUUGCUAUUAGAGCGUACCGGAAGUCUCAUUGAUUUGCGCAGGACGCAGAGAAGAGUUGCGGCCCUUUUAUUGAACGACACGCACAUGAAGUUACAAAAGUUUAGACUACGCAGACGCACGCUUCAUCAAAGUAUGUGCCACGUUUGUAGUCGAGUUGACCCUGGUGGGAUAUUUCGAAUACCAAACGGCUAUCUAUACAAAAAAGGGUUCUUUAAUUCUGUUGACCAUCUGGACAAUGCGUUGCAGACGACAAGUGUGCACGUUCCCGAAGGCCGUCCAAAAACUGGUUGUAAAGAUGAUACUUCUUUCUGUGAUUCUGAAGAAAAUCAACCUGAAAAAAUAAGCGUUACUAUUCGACGCGGAUCAAAGUCCACAAAACAGCCGUCACCUUUAAAACAGGAGAAAACGCGCGACUCAUUUGGGUCAAGGAUAAGCAAUUACAAACAGCAGACGAAUGAAUUUUUAAUACAAAGGGAAAUAACUGAUGGUACUAGCAAAAUAAGUUUACCUCCCUUAACCCAAGACAGAAAUAGUCGUUUGAGUGGUAAAUCUUUUAAUACAACGAAAAAAUCAAGCGCAGCCAGAACAGCUUCCGUUGAGCUUACUUGUUUGUCUGGAAAAUCUCCAUUCAUGUCAGGUACUCUUCUUCCUGAAGGUAUAAAUGACAUUAUGUCUGAUGGAGAUCGUAUAACUUUCAUCCCUACUGGUUUUGACGACAAGAGUGUAAUAUCUGGUCUUUCCACUUUUAAUGAAGGAACAACGCCGUCGAAAUCCAGCGAUGACCUUGACUCCAAGUUUGCGUCAGGGGAAGAAAGGUCGUUGUUUAGUAAACAUUCGUUUACGACAUUGCAAAGUAAAGACUCACCGGGAACAAUACCAACACGACGUUCAGUUACACCAGGUGGCAAGCAUUCACUUUCUACAUUGCAAGGUAAAUGGUCGAGGACGACAAACAGCAAACGGAAAUCGUCUCCUUUCGACCAAUCGAUGGAAGUUGAUAUUGUUUCUGACAAUGUAGAUGUUGCAAAGAAUACGUUUUUUAGCCCCCAACCACUUGUUAGAGAAAAUGCAAUGAUACCGGAAGAACGUGAGGUUCUGAAAAGACCAAAAGCGGGGCACCAACGAGAAAGAAUUUUGUAUGUGACGUCUGACAGAAGUACCUCAACAAUACCGACACUAUCAGGCCAUCAAAAUGAUGACGACCAGUUGAUAAAUCAGAAAGAUGAACAACAAAGUGAGAAUUUCGAACAUGACUUGGAGGGAGUUAAAACAGAAAUGGGAGACUACUCUGAAAUCGGAUCGUCAAAAGAUAUCAGUGAAGACGCCACCAUUAUAUUCUCGGAAAGAACAGCGGAUUCACUAAUCCAGCCUAGCAGACGAGGAUCAGUUUGUAUGUGUUCUUCUACACUUAGGGAGAAAACGAGUUCUCAAAAUUUAUGUAAAGUUUGUGGAAAAAGUUAUCGGUUAGACAGCGUAAUGGUAAAAAGUGGUAUUUCGCAGCUAAUUCACAAUUCACGAGCUGAUAGUGAUACUCGCGCUUCUUCCAGCACGCGCUGUUUAUCGACUCGUCAACAAAUGCUCCAAAAUGAUAUAACAAACUUAAAUAGAAGAAGUAAAACAACGCUUGAUCAAGACCACGUGACCAGAAUAUAUACGAGUAGUGGAACAUCAACAGACGACGGCAAAAUAAGACGUAUUUCAAGAAGUAAGACGUCAUUAGAUGAUGAUACUCUAAAUAGAACAAAGAUAAAAAGCCAAUCGACAUCAGAAGAAAAUCACGUGACGCGGAUGAAUAUAAGAAGUAAGCAAGCUAUCGACGAGGACUACAUGGAUUUAGAUUCUAUCAUAUACGAAGACGAUGGGAGGUACUGGUCCAGUGGCGAGGAGUCGACGUCGCCAACGUCUUGGUAUCGUCAUGCUCAUCCAUUUCCAUUAGUAAACCCUGAUGUACACAAACUGGUGUACAUGCAAGCUUUAAAAGCUGCCCGUCUUCAGGGUUCUAAAAAGAAGUUAGAAGAUAUUGACGAAAUGAUAAGGCGUCCAAACGUUUUUUCUUAUAUCCCAUUUCUACCUAUCAAAGGCAAAGCACAACCGGAGGACCUCGGUCUAAGACCAUACCGCUCCGAUAAACCAAAAAAGGGACAACUUAUGAAGCAUAUAUUUGGUGAAGUUAGACUUGAUGACUUUUAUGAGGGACUGGUCAACAAAAAUAAUAGUGACGUCAUUGUUGAACAGUCAUCUAAUGAAGCGGACGUCGACAAAAAUGUCUCUGCAAACGUUCCAGCUCGAGCAAUAUGAUUUUAUUUAGAUUCAUUAGUCUGUAUCAUCCAGACGUUAUGUUGGUAACAAUCAUCAAACGUCCAUAUGAUAAAGACUAAUGAGGUGUGUGUCUGCGUACAUGCGUGCGUGUGUGUUUAUUUAUUAUACUCGCCACCGGUUGCCCAUACGGGCGAGUCCUCAAGAAGAGUAUUAUCCAUUUUAUAUUUUGGAGGAUAGUGCAAGAUACAUAUACAGAAAUAUUCCCAUAUUCCAGAAACUCCUGGUUCUUUAACGUGCCAAGUGUAUAAGCACUCAUACACGGGACCUCGAUUUAACGUCUCACCCGAAAGACUGAUUAGAUAUUUUCGUUGGCCAGCCCGGGAAUCGAACCCACAAUGUCGGCUCUAACCGUUGCAUAAGACUAAUUAUAUGUACUUAGUUAUAUAUUAAAUAUAUGAAAUAAAGCAAGAAAGUCAUAUAAGUAGGAAAUACUACAUUGAAAAAUCGACACACAGCAGCCUGGACUGGAACCACGGGUCUCUGUAUUGCAUUGUGCUAAUCACUACACUACACUUAAUUAUUAUGUGUUUCCAAAAUGUGCUAAGACUUAUGUCAACGUUUGAUACUUUUGUUAAUAUCAAAUUAUCCUUCAAAACAAAGGCAAAAACUAAAUAUAUAUAAUUAUGUAAUAAAUAAACUUACCGCACUAACAA